AUGGUGGCCAUUAUCGGCCGACCCAACGUGGGCAAAUCGUCGCUGUUCAACCGGAUUCUUUCCCGACGGCACGCCAUUGUCUCCGAGGUUGCCGGCACCACCCGCGAUCGCCUCAUCGCCGGGGCGUCGUGGAAGGGCCGCUCUUUCCUGCUGGUGGACACUGGCGGCCUGGAGGACAACCCGGAGGGGCACAUUCCGCAGCGCGUCCAGCAGCAGGCGGACAUGGCCAUGGGCGCCGCCGAUGUCAUCAUAUUUAUCACCGACGCCAUCCAGGGUUUGACUGCCACCGAUCAGGCAGUGGCGCAACGGCUGCGCCGCACCGACAAGCCGGUGAUACUGGCGGUGAACAAGGUGGACAACGAUCGCCGGGAGUUGGCGGCCACCGAGUUUUACGAACUGGGUAUUAACGAAACCUCGUUCAUAUCCGCCUAUCACAAUUAUGGGGUUUACGACCUGCUGGAACGCGUCGUCGAACUACUGCCCAGGCAGGAGUUGGCCGAACAGUGGGAUGACAAUUACCCUGACGGCGAGAUGCGCCUGUCGAUAGUGGGGCGUACCAACGUGGGCAAAUCCAUGCUCACCAACGCCAUCAUCGGCCAGGAACGCAGCAUCGUCAGCCCGGUGGCCGGCACCACCCGCGAUGCUCUCGACACCCAGAUUUCAUACCGUGACCAUACCAUCACCCUGGUCGACACCGCCGGCAUUCGUCGUCCCGGGCAGGUGCAGCGCGGCAUCGAAAAAUACAGCGUGCUGCGCGCGGUAAACGCGGUACAUCGCAGCGACAUCACCCUGCUGAUCACCGAUGCCACCGAGUUGGCCACCGCCCAGGAUGCCCAUAUUGCCGGCCUGGCCUGGGACACCAACCGCGGUCUCAUCGUGGUGGUAAACAAGUGGGAUCUGGUUAAUCCCAACCGGUUCCGCAUGGAAAGAGGGCUGCAUCGCGUUCGCGAGCGCCUGCACUUCAUGCCCUACGUCCCGGUUUGUUUCACGUCCGCGCUGACGGGUGAAGGGAUCGACGAGCUGCUCGAUUCCGCCCUUUCGUUGUGGCAGGAACGCCAGCGACGAGUGCCUUUCCGCGACCUGCAAUACCUGCUGGCCGAUGCCGUCUCCACUCAUUCGCCGCCAUCCAUGCGCGGUAACAUUCGCAAUCGGUUGCGUAUCCGACGGGUUCGCCAGGUUGGCGUCAAUCCGCCGACCUUUGUGUUCUCGGUGAACGACCCCAAGCUGCUGCAUUUCUCGUACCGGCGCUACCUGGAAAAUCGGAUCAGGGACAAGUUCGGCUUCAACCGCACUCACCUUCGCCUCGUGUUCCGCCACGAACGGGAAGAACGCACCACCCGCCCCGGCGUGCGUGGUCGUUCGCGUUAG